UCAAGCUUCAUAAGGACAUGCAUGACACAUGCACUGUAUUCUAAGUUUUCAUUUUAAUUUAUUCACUGAAAAUUGUACUUUGAAACUUUAGCUCUUUUAAUUUCCGUUGUAUGCAAAAUAACAACAUUGACUUUUUAUUUUAAACAGAAAAAGUAAAAUAAUGUGAGUUUUCAAAAGGUAGUAGUACAUUGUUUAAAAGCAAAAAACAUAUGCAUUAUAUAUGUUUUUAGUUUUUUAUAUACAUAUAUAUGUGUGUGCGUAUGCUCCUGUAUGCUUUUAUACACACAAAUGUUCCCUGGCUUCUGGCCAAAAGGUUCAGAUUUAUUUUGUUUUGACAGUUUAUGCCUUGGGAUAUAUGAUCUAUCUAUAAAAACCAUGUGGCAUGUUCUGUCAGCUAUGUGUUGCCAAAUUCAGGGGUCCCGAAAGGGCUGGAAAACACAAUGUCACAAGCAAUUCAGGUCUGAAGGUAGACUCAAUAUGCAAAUAAAUAGUCAUGGGAACAAUGAUUUCGUCAACAGGUAACAUGUGGAUUGCAUAACCUUUAGCCACAUCCCGGUUUUUGCAAAAAAAAGUAAGAUAGAAUAUGACUUCUCAUUUCUCGUUAUAGAAAUAUGUUCUGUGUUUACCUGUUGUGGUUCACCCCAGUGAAACCUGUGCAUGCAAUGUCGGGACCCUGACUUUCUCUCAGAGGAGCGAGGCUGCUGUCAACUGCCACAGACUUGGAGAUAAGCAUGUAACAUCAAUUUAUGCAGAGACUGUGUGACAAGUUCUCCCCCAGUGCCUUCAGGCUCUCGAAAUCCAAGCAGCAUGCGCUACAAAUUUAACUUCAUAGCAGAUGUGGUGGAUAAGAUUGCCCCUGCAGUGGUCCAUCUAGAACUGUUUAGUAGACAACCGUUUUCCAACCAAGACAUCCCUGUUUCCAGUGGUUCAGGGUUUAUAGUGUCAGAGGACGGGUGGAUCGUCACCAACGCACAUGUACUGACCAAUAAGGAACAUAUCAAAGUGGAGCUAAAAAAUGGCUUGCUCUACGAUGCCGCAAUCAAAGAUGUGGAUCAAAAAUUAGACAUUGCUCUCAUUAAGAUCGACUCGGAGCAGACUCCCCUGCCAGUGCUUUUACUCGGUCGUUCUUCAGAACUGAGGCCAGGAGAGUUUGUAGUGGCUGUGGGAAGCCCGUUUUCUCUUCAAAACACAGUAACCACUGGUAUCAUCAGCACUACCCACCGAGGAGGUCAUGAACUUGGCCUACACAACUCUGAUAUGGAGUAUAUCCAAACAGAUGCCAUUAUAAAUUAUGGAAACUCAGGAGGACCUCUUGUAAACUUGGAUGGGGAUGUCAUCGGCAUAAACACGCUGAAGGUUACGCCAGGAAUAUCAUUUGCCAUUCCCUCGGACCGCAUACGUCAGUUCCUUGCAGACUCUUAUGACAGACAAAGAAAAGGAAGAAGACUGACUAAAAAGAGAUAUAUGGGAGUGCGAAUGCUUCAGCUUUCAGCUGCUUUGAUUAGGGAGCUCAGGGAGAAGGAGAGCAACUUUCCAGAUGUGAGCUCAGGGGUGUAUGUGUAUGAGGUUAUUCCAGGGACAGCUGCAUUCAGCGCUGGUUUGCUCAACCAGGAUGUGAUAAUCAGCAUUAACAGACAACCAGUGCAUUCUACAGAGGACGUGAGUCGGGCUGUGCAGUCAAACCAAGUUCUUUCUUUGAUGGUGCAGCGUGCUAAUGAAGAAAUCACACUGACAGUGGUUCCUGAUGAAGUGGACUGAUCUCAUACCAUCUACAUACCUCCAAAUAAUAUAUUAUCCACAAACAUGCAUUGCUUGAAAGGGGCAUUAUAUUAAUAAUACGGAGUAUCAGAAGGCGUCUAGGCCAAGUGACGCUUUUUGAUAUAAAUACACAAUUGUUAAGAUUGUAUUGUUCUUCUGUAUAUAUAUAAUUCUGGUUGAUUGUAAUAUCAAUUUUACUUAGCAGUCUUCAGUGUCACGUGAUCUUUCCGAAAUCAUCCUGAUAUGCUGAUGUGGUGCUCUGAAAGCAAGCACUGUGUUUUGUAAUCAUCACAUGGUCAACAUACACACUUGCAUGCACUUACUAACUGCUGCUUUCAAUCGUUUUUAAUUUGCGUUUUCACCAGACAAGCCUUUGUACUCUGAUUUUACCUAAGCCAAAAAUUGUGAGUAAUUGGUUAUUGAAUUAGCAAUGCACUUGGAUGUGUUGCAGCAUAUCCCCAAGUGCAUAGUGUUUUCAGCAGCCCAACAGGCAGUAAGUAAAUAAUACAUAACGUACAAGAAACACACAAUGGAACACGAAAGAGAAAAUUAAUUUAAAAAAAAAAAAAAAAAACUUUUGGUACUUUCUCACCAAAUUGCGUUUUAAUGGUGUGUAAAAAAAGCCAUGGGAAUUCUGCCAAAGGAUGCAAGCUUUUAAUAGAGACUAUUAUUGUAUGUAUUUUUAAUUGCAAGCUGUUUCAUAACAUCUGUCCCUUGACAGCUCUUUGUAGGUAUUCAGUCUAA